UACUCGCGAUAAGUGGGUCCCCACAAAGAAUUCCGCAGUUUGCUCGGAACACUUCACAAAAUAUUUGUUUUCUUGGCAAUUCGGCUCGCUUUCUGAAUCAGAAAGUAAUUUUGCACCUCGACUCAUUCGAGACGAAUUCGGAAUCGUUGCUUACCCAGGCAUUUAUCCUCGAAAAGAUGACAAUGAACUUACAACAAGAGAUCGCAGAAUGAUGAAAAGAAAGUGGAUGUCUGAUUAUAAAAGAGAGGUUGAAUCAGAAAAUAUUCCCAGUAUAAGUAGCGAACCUCAAGAGCAAAUAGAAGAAAUAACUUGUGAUGAGCCUGUAUUAUCAGAAUGAUCAGCUACUCUUUUCCUGAAAUGUUCUGCAGGCAUAUCCUUGUUGUAACUCACUUCGAAAGCAAUUUGGAAAGGGAUAAUCAAGAGAUUAAUGGAGUUCCCCAGGUUAAAGUGCAUUAUUCAAAAUUUAUAAAUGGUGAAGCUGUUGUAAGAAAUGUGAAAGUUGCUCAGGAUUUUGGGUAUGUUGUAGAUAUAUAUCAAGUGUUGUGCUCUGCACUCAUUGAUGAGGAAACAUUGAGAAAAGCCAAAGGUGAUCUUUUACGAAUGACUCCAUUGCCAAUGAAUUCCAUGUUGGACAAGCAAUCAAAAAGUGAAGCUAUCUCAAAAAAAGCAAGAAGACAAAGCAUGCCAGCUGUACAUUUCCCCCCAACUAAGCCAGCUGAAGUAUCACCUGUCGAAGAAAAAAUCACUGAUCAGAGAAAGGAGAGAGCAGCACCUCGAUGCACUGUGUGCAAGAAUUGGAUGAAAGGCCAUAAAAAUAUAAUGAACUGUCCAAAAAACCAAAAGUAACCACUUUUUUAGGAGCUGGUGGUAUGAGCCCAGUUAGUUGGGAUUCAGUGAAGUGUGAAUUGACUGCAUGGAAAGAAUAAAAAGAAAAGGAAUUGUAAUUUUGUAUGUUUUGUAUAACAAGAAUGAGUGUGAAUUGAAGAUGCAAUACAUCAAGAGUGGCUUAAAUCAUUCCACACUUCACUGGAUCCCUACUAGCUGGGCUCAUGCACACAACACCUAGAAUAAUAUAGAAUGUUAUGUUAUUUUACAAAUUGUCCUCUUCAUACCCUGCAAAGUGUUCAUUUUUUUUAAAUUAAAAGUUUUUCAAAUAA